CGAUCAACAUCAUCAUAAUGGCUGAGCAACGGGUUAACGUUCACAUACCAUCCCGCCCCGCCGUUCUCGACAGCGUUCGCCUCCGCAAUAUCCAACUCCCUCUUCCCGCAGCGCCAGACCCAUGGCACCGCAACGGUAAACCUCAGCCGUGCACUGCAUCGCUGAAGCUCUCCUACUCCUCCGCCGUGGCAGCCGCAAAUGCCGAUGAUGUCUCUCUCUCUCUCGACUACGGGAAGCUCUAUCGCCGACUGGAAGAGGAUAUCCGCAACAUGACAGCGGGAAGCAAACCCAGCGGGACCACGCCCGGGCAGCAUAUGAUUAGCGUUGACGGAAGCCGGCGCGAGGAGAUGAUGAGGGCGGAACUCGGCCAGGAUGUGCGUCUGACCGCGGGAAUUGUCGCCAAUUGUGGUCUGGGACUGCUCGAUGAGACGGCAGCUGGGGUUCGACGGAUGGCUCACGUGCAUCAAAGUCGACGGAGGAGUAGCGCGUCUGCCUCUGAGGCGCGGGCUGCGAACUUCAAUAGUAGCACUUCCUCGUCAUCUACUGGCGGGCCUAUCGAUGAUGUUUAUGGCCAGUGUGAAGUGUGGCUGCAUCUACCAAAGGCUCUGUUACGUGCCGAGAACGGGCUUCAUUACCGCAGUUCUACGGUUUGGGGGUAUAGACAAGGGAGCACUGCUGGGAGCGAUGUAAGUAGUUCAGAGCGGUGCCCUGUGGUUUUGGAAGAGGGGUUUCGUAUCGAAGGGAUUCGGUGCUACUGUAUCCUGGGUGUGAACUCGCACGAGCGGGUUGAGAAGCAGGCGGUGAUUAUCUCACUGGAAUUCAAAGGACCAGGACAGUUGGCUUGGGGCUCAACUGUGGUGGAUACCUAUCAGGCGAUGACGAGGGCUGUUGCUGAGCGCGUUGAAGAGACUUCAUUCCAAACAGUUGAGGCGCUGGCUACGUUCGUAGCCCGCAUUGUAACAGUGGACUAUGCCAAUGAAAGGGUGACCGUAAGGGUUGAAAAGCCCAGUGCGCUCGCAUUCGUGGAGGCUUCUGGCGUGGAAGUGACUCGGUCCCAGGCAUUCUUUGAGAGAACUGCAUGA